AAUUUGAGAGUAGCAGAGAGGUAUUAUUAGCCAAAAACCGAAGCGCGGCACUUGAGACAUCCAGAUGUUGCGUUUGAGGCAGCAAGUGAAGUCGGGAGUAGCCUACAACUGUAGAAACAAACUUUAAUACAUUGCUUUUCCUGUUCACCAGCACUAAUGGAAACUGACAGGCUCGAUUAAAGAUAGAGAAGGGAGGCUGUUAUAACAUUUCACGCCAUUUUACCUUGUUUGGACAAAAGGAUAUUAACAGAACGUGAAAGCUACAACAAAGCCUCAAUUUAAAUGCGCCGCUUGGACGUUAAAACCUGAUUGAAAUGUUUGUGUUUCUACGCCAGGUUGGAGUUAAAUAGUCCACCAGGCUGACACUGUCGUUAAAAUAACGUUUCAAACUUUAACAUUUCAUAUUUGUCAGCGUGUUUCGGACAAGUGGGCAUCAUGGCUUUUCUUCACUUGCUCCUGUGUGCCGGGGUGUUAUCAUUGCCGCUGUGUGGAGCCUUUUUCCGCGGUCCGUUACAACCGGAGAUGUCUAACGGCACCUUUCAUCAUUAUUUCGUGCCGGACGGAGAAUACGAGGACAACGACGACCCGGAGAAAUGUCAGAUGCUUUUUAAAAUGACCGACGAGCGAAAAUGCGGUCUCGACGAGGACCAGGAAGCCGUCAUACGGGAUGAUUUCACUAUCAUCAAGAGGCAGAUUGAGGACUCGGCCAGGGUGCUGGAGGGGAUCGGGAAAAGUAUCUCGUACGACCUGGACGGAGAGGACAGCUACGGGAGAUACCUGCGGAGGGAGACGGCUCAGAUAAGCGAGGCGUUUACAAACUCGGAGAAAUCUCUGCUGGAGCUGGAGGUGAAAUUCAAGCAGAGUCAGGAGAGCGAGCUAAAGGAGGAUCACCGGCUCAACGAAGACUUUCUCAACAUGAUUGUGCACACACGGGACGUCCUGAAGGACACGCUGGACAUUUCUCUGGGACUGAAGGACAAGCACGAGCUCCUGUCUCUGAUCAUCCGCAGCCACGGCACGAGGCUGAGCAGACUGAAGAACGAAUACAUGAAGUACUGAGAGAAAGUAGUUCCUUCACGUCUCGUUACAGUACUUUUUAUUUUUGUUGUGGUGGAGUGUGUGACCAUGAGACAGGAGUUAAGCAAUUUUAGCAAUCAUAUCAGGGAUAAAAACUAAACUUAAAAGGCCAGUUCACCUAAAUAAAAAAACAAAUACAUUUUCUCGUUUAACUCUAGAGCAUUGUUUCCCAACUUGGGAUUGGGUUUUCUUCCAAAGGGUGAAAAAGAAAGUGAAUGUCUGAGGUCACAAGCUUGUUAAUGGGAUAGAUAAGGGAUAGGUAUGAAGAACAGUUUUUAAUUCAUUUAAAUUAAAUUAACUUUGCUGUUUAUUUUUGUAAAAUACUCAGCAGUUCACCUUUUUUAAUUCUGCAUAAUAUUACUCAGAAAUAUUCAAACCAAACAAUCUGAUCAGUUUUGUAAGAGGAGUUGGUCACUGCACACAGCUUAUCAGGUACACGUGAUCCGUGAUGAGAGGUUGCAGGUACUCUGUGUUUCACUUUAAAGGGUCAGAAACAAAAAUGUUUGGGAUUCACUGCUCUAGAGGUAUGUAGCCAUGCAGCAAUAUAGUUUUGGUUGAAAUUGUCCAGGUUAUGAUCUCCAAAGCUGGAUUACAAAACGGGAAAAGAAGGCAACUGCCCCAAACACUUCCAUUGGCCCUAAAAAUCAUUUUGGAAAUAUGGUUACUUGCAAAUGUUGCCAAUUUAUACUACUAAAGUACAAUUUCAACUAUGAUGGGUCCUGCACCGGACCUCAUGGCCCUGUUUUGUAGAGGCGCCAUGUGUCAGAUUUAGUUUAGCUAUUAGUAUUAGUUUAGCAGAUUAGUAUUUUAGCUUAUGUGGUCCAUAUUCCUAAUUGAAGUUGUGCUUCAAAAAUAAAAAUGUAAUAUUGUGAGAGAAAUAAACAGUGUUCCAUUCAUGGCAGAAAUCUUCAUAAGGGAUGACUUAAAAACCUUAGCAUUUAAAACCAAAACUAUCUCCGUUGCUAGGAACUGCUGGUGGUAAAGUUAGAAAACGUAUUGUUUUAAACUUAAAAAACAGUUUGUUGGACUGUAUCUGAAACCAACAAUUUUAAAAUGUAUAAGACAAUGAGGAGUGGGCAAUAUGCAUGAUAUCCUCUUAUACAGUAAAUGCAAUUUUGUAUGAUGAUAUUUUCAAGCCAAUUAAGAAGUUGGUAAAAAAUAACCAGAAAGAUAUGCAUGUUUUUUGCAGACCCAGCAAACUAAAUACAGAAUAAAUCAAAGUACUUUAUCAUAUUGCUGGAAAUAAAAAUCUGUGAUUUGCGAUGCACCCAGAGAUAUUAAACAGCUACCGAGCUAUAAACAGUAUGGCAUAAUCUUUACACAAAUAUCAUCUUACUGUGUCAAUUAUUAUAUUUGCCACUCCUAGAGACCCAUGGUAGUGGUCAUUGCACACCAUACAAACACACAAUAGUAAAAUUACUUAAUUCUAAAAUGUCUGAAUACAAAUUACUUAUAUUUUACAAUAAAUAAUGUACUAAUGCAAUAAUGUUAGUUAACAUCAUCUGUCCACCAAUCAAUAUGCCUAUUAUGGCCAUUUUUGUAAGUGCAUUGAAUUUGACUGGACACAGUCACAGGUUUGUGCGUGUGUUAGUGUGAGUGUGUGUGUGUGU